AUGGCGGAUUCGGAAAAUGCCGUUCCACCUUCUAAGAAGCGAGCUGCUGGAAGGGAACUCUCUCGAGAUAACCCAGGCCUUGAUGACGAAGAAGAUGCUCUUGAAGAAGAGACCGGAACUUUCAAGAGGGCCAGUGAGGAGGUGCUGGCAACCCGAAGAAUUGUUAAGGUUCGCCGCCAGCAGCCAGCAUCUGGUCCUACUUCCAAUCCUUUUGCUGGUAUACGGUUGGUUCCUCCAACAGAAGCAAGCACAGUCCCUGCUGAAGUUACAGCUGCUGCACAACCUGCCAGUGAGGUAAGGGUUUCAGAUGAGGAGAAUAAGCAGUCAGAAAGCAAGGUUGAGCAGGUUGGUGCUGAAUCAGCUGCUGAUAAGGAGAAUGUUGUGAAGGAGAACACUGAAGUUUCAGGUGAAGCAACAGAACCUGAGGUUGUACAUGAACCAGCUGUGGGAGAAAAUAAUACAAAUGAGGGUGAGACUGAAAAUGAGGAGAAGACUGAAAAUGAAGAUAACAAAGAUAACAAAAACGAAAAUGUAGAUCCAAGUCCGGAAGGUACUUCUUUGAGCUCAUUCCAACAGCUUUCGAGUAGUCAAAAUGCCUUCACAAAUCUUUCUGGAACUGGGUUUUCCACUUCCACCUUUUCUUUUGGGCUUAUUUCAAAGGAUGGUUCCACAUUGGGUACUGGCUCUGGUUCACUCUUUGGAUCAAAUAAUGAUCAGCCUUCUGGUCUUGGUCUCUCGAAUAAUGGAAAUUCUUCAAAAUUUGGCACAUCAGGGGCUCCAGUUGUACCUAAGAGUGAUGGUGGUGGUUUCCCGCCAAUGCAAGAGGUUGCGGUUGAGACUGGAGAAGAAAAUGAGAAAGCGGUUUUCAAUGCUGAUGCUGCAUUAUUUGAAUUUAUUGAUGGAGGCUGGAAAGAACGUGGUAAGGGAGAUCUGAAGGUUAAUGUAUCUGAAUCUGGGACUGAAAAGGCGAGACUUGUUAUGAGACUCAAGGGAAUUAGAAAGGUAAUUCUGAAUGCUAGUCUGUACCCAGACAUGAAGCUGACAAAUAUGGAGAAGAAAGGUGUAACAUUUGCCUGCAUGAACAGCAUCGACGAAAAGAAGGAUGGGCUUUCCACCUUUGCUUUGAAAUUCAAGGAUGGUUCUAUAGUUGAGGAAUUUUGCACCGCUGUUACAGCACAUAAAGAUAAAGGUAAGGCAUCGACGGCUAUGAAGACUCCUGAAAAUUCUCCCAAGGCUUCUGAUGAUUGA